AUGCGGUGUAGUCUAUCCGCUAGCCAGAUCAUUGGCGUGGGCCUCGCCAUUGUGCCCGUCGCACAUGCCUUGUCACCGCGUACGGAGAUCUCCGAUUCAUACGAUUUUGUCAUUAUUGGAGGAGGUCAAGCGGGAUUGACUGUUGGUGGUCGUCUUUCUGAAGAUACAAACCAUACAGUAUUAGUUCUGGAGGCAGGUGGUAAUGGCGAUGAUUAUCGUGAGCGUAUAGAUACCCCGGCAUAUGGAUACUAUGAAUCCCUGUGGACAACACCUUUGAAUUGGAAAUACUAUACCGUUCCACAGUCCAAUGCCGAUGAUCGAGAGAUUUACUGGCCUCGAGGCAAAGUGCUUGGAGGCAGUUCCGCUAUUAAUGGACUAUACCUUACCCGCCCAGGUGAGGAUGACAUCAAUGCCUGGAAUGAACUACUGGGAGACAUGGAUGGCGCGGACAACUGGUCAUGGGACUCUUUCUACGCUGCCAUGAAGAAGGCCGAGAAUUUCACUGCCCCCAGCGACGCCAUCGCUGAAGAAGCAGAUAUCCAUUGGAACAUCUCAACACAUGGAACCCAGGGUCCCAUUCACGCAUCUUACCCGGGAUACACAUUCCCACAAGUCGGCUACUGGUCCGAGUCUUUGGAGAACAUCGGUAUCGCCAUCUCUGAGAACAUGUAUGGUGGUGAUAACUGGGGCGCCGAUGUCUCAACAUCUUGUAUCAACCCUUCCAACUGGACCCGAUCAUACAGUCGUACAGGUUACCUCGACCCACUCCCGGACCGGGGCAACUACGAUGUUUUGGCCAAUGCCUAUGUCACUCGCAUUGUCUUUGAUAACUCUACCUCGACCAACUUGACCGCCACCGCUGUUGAGUACACUACCGAUAACGGCACGACCACUUCGACGGUCAAGAUCAACAAGGAGGUUAUUCUGUCUGCUGGGUCAAUUGGCAGCCCGGCUAUAUUGAUGUACAGUGGUGUUGGCCCGAAGGAUGUUCUGGCCGAUGCAGGUAUCGAUCUUCUCUCUGAAUUGCCUGGUGUUGGACAACAUCUUCAAGAUCACUUCAGUGCUACGGUGACUUGGGAUACCAAUGUGACUACCUCGGGCUCCAUCUAUUAUGACGACGGUGCCGACAAGGAUAAUGAACUAUAUCUCUCUUACAUUGACGACGCCGUCGCCUACGUCAACUCGACCGCGAUCUAUGGCAGCGAAGUCUCCACAAUGGAAGCAAGCAUCCUCGCCUCCAUCGACCAGUACGCCCCCAACUCAACAUACGGCGACGAGGUGAUCGCCGGCUACAAAGCCAUCUGCAACAUCACAGCAAAGAAGAUUUUCAACAGCCCAACCGGCAUCAUCGAACUUUUGUUCAUGAACAGCGACUCAAACGGUGACAUUGGCAUCACCGCCGCUCUGCAGCACCCAUACAGCCACGGCCGUAUCUACAUCAACUCCUCCAAUCCACUAGACUACCCCGUCAUCGACCCGAACUACCUUAACAACCCAGCCGAUUACGAAAUCCUCCGCGACGGCCUAAAGAUGGCCCGCAGCAUCGGCGAAGCCGCCCCACUAAGCAACAACCUCACCAGCGAAACAGCCCCAGGCUCCGACGUCUCCACCGACGACGAAUGGGUCACCUGGCUGCGCACGGAAGCCAGCACCGAAUUCCACCCCUCCUCCUCGUGCGCAAUGCUGCCCCUCGAACUGGGCGGAGUCGUCGACGCAAACCUGCUCGUGUACGGCCUCGCCAACGUUCGCGUCGUCGACGCCAGUGUCCCGCCCAUCGCCUUGUCCACGCACCUUAUGUCCUCGACAUACGGCGUCGCCGAGCAGGCCGCGAACAUCAUUCGUGGCUUCUACAAUGGCGUGCCUUUCACUUCGUCUUCGAGCAGUGGCAGCAGCAGCGGAAGCAGCGAUGUCUCUACGAGCGCUAGCGCCGUGAGUGCGAAAUCCACGGGAUCGGUGGCUGCGCCGAGUAACGGUGCGACAUCUGGUGCUGCGGGAGCGGCUUUGUACAGUUGGAUUUCUCUCGUUCUUAUCAUUGCGUUGACUUUUUAG